AUGGCUGAUUUCACGAUUGAUGAGUGGGCAUACGAGGGAACUGCGCAAGUCAUUGCCAACUCGGGCCAUGAUGACAUGAUUCAUGAUGCAGUUUUGGAUUACUAUGGCCGCCGGCUAGCUACCUGCUCCAGCGACAAGACGAUCAAAAUCUUCGAGAUCGACGGCGACCAGCACCGAUUAACGGAGACACUGAAAGGCCACGAUGGCGCAGUCUGGUGUGUAUCGUGGGCCCAUCCCAAAUUCGGCACUCUACUCGCCUCUUCAUCCUACGACGGCCGCGUCCACAUCUACCGGGAAACCCCGGCCCAACAGCCCAACCAACAACCAACAUGGUCAUUAGUGUUUACGUCGACAAUCCACACAGCGUCCGUCAACAUGGUGUCAUGGGCACCACCUGAGCUGGGAUGUCUUUUGGCAUGUGCCUCGUCCGACGGCAACGUCAGCGUCCUGGAGUUCCGAGACAACCAAUGGGGACAUGUCAUCUUUCCAGCACACCCCAUGGGCGUGAAUGCAGUAAGCUGGGCUCCCGCGGGUGCACCGGGCGCAAUUGCACGCAAGGACGGCGGCGCGGGUACCUCUGGUCCGACUCGACGUUUCGUGACCGGAGGCAGCGACAACGCAGUCAAAGUGUGGGACUUCAACAAUGCCACCCAAACGUACGAAAACACCGUGGUGCUUCCCCAAGGACAUUCGGAUUGGGUCCGUGACGUGGCGUGGUCGCCUACCCUGUUGUCCAAGACGUACAUCGCCAGCGCGAGCCAGGACAAGACGGUCAAGAUCUGGACAAACACCAGUCCCGACGUGGCACCCGGUUCGUGGACGCUCGCAAAGACCCUCGAGUUUGAUGCCGUCCUGUGGCGCGUCAGCUGGAGUCUCAGUGGAAAUAUCCUUGCUGUUAGUGGCGGCGAUAAUAAAGUCACACUGUGGAAGGAGGAUCUCAAGGGGAACUGGGAGUUGGUUAGGGAGGUGACUGAAUAG